AUGUCUCAAAAGAAGUUCCAAGUCCUCAUGGGAGACCUGAUCUCCUCCCCCACUACAAAUUAUGAGGCCCAGAAAUACCUGGGCUGUGGCACCGAUGGACUGGUCAUCCAAUGCCGGGAUGUGUCAACCAAUGAAACGGUGGCUUUAAAAAUGUUCAAAAGGACAAAAGACGUUGAGAGUGCGAAGGAAGAGGAGGAAAUCCUUCGAGCCUUGAAGGACCUCCACUCAGACUGGUUCAACAUCGUCAGAUUGACCGGCUCAUUCACCCACAAGAGACAUUAUUGUCUUGUGUUUGAGCACCUGGAUAUGGAUCUGCAGAAAUUCAUGAAGACUAGCCCGGGUCAACACCUUCAGCUGAAGCAGAUCCGCCCCAUUCUGCAGCAGCUGGCUACAUCCUUGGACUUUCUGAAAAGCGCAGGGAUCAUCCAUUCAGAUUUGAAGCCAGAAAACGUUAUGAUGGUGGAUCGUGUCAGGCAGCCACUGAAAGUUAAACUCAUUGACUUUGGCUUAGCCUGCACAAAUCCUGGGGAACAGACAGGACACACCCUCCAGACCUUGUGGUACAGAUCUCCUGAGAUUCUGCAAUGUGUUCCUUUCAACGAGGCCAUCGACGUAUGGUCUCUAGGCUGCAUUGCUUCCGAGCUGUUUAUCGGGAAACCACUGUUCCCUGCCAAGGAUGAGGCCAGUUUGGUGAUUGAUCAGUUCUGCGGAGAAGACGUCCAAGCUGAACACUGUGACCUGGAGAGCUUUAUCGAUCUACUGGCACAGAUGCUGAUGACGAAUCAGUUUGAAAGAAUUGACCCCAGACUAAUUCUCCAGCAUCCGUUCAUCACGAUGAGCCACCUUAAGGGUGUGUUCAAAAACAGCCUCUAUACGAAAUCGUCUGAGGGUCUGAUGGACAUCUGCCUGAAUCAGAGCUCUGGCGAUGGAGCACAUGUAGACCACAUGGUCCUGCGAAUGUCCCUGAACGAGGACUCCUUCAGCAGCACUGCCGGCCCAGCCAUGGAGGGCAGCCCUGCUGGGAUUAGAGAGGAGAAGCAUUCCUUCUUGCAGAGGCGGGGCCGUCGCUCGUCCAGUCGCACGUCUCCGCACGGCGUGCCCCCGCGUUGCAAAACAAGCGUCCCCUCGCCGCCUGCCGAUGACCCGCCCCCGCGAACCAGCAGCAGCAGAUCCGGUGACGGACAGAGACGCGAGCAGGAGCUGCUGCUGCCCCGGGAAGUCAGCGGCCGCCGGAUUACUCUGCUGCUGCACACCGCCAUCUCACCUCUGGCUGCGGGAGCGUCGCACUGA